UGCAGUCCUCCCUGGUUAGCAAGCAGAUGGGCGAGAUUCUCUCUUGUCAUUCGGCCGAAGACUGAAGUCAGCAGAACAGAAGAGCAAAUAGAAACUGACUUUUUAAAAAAAACAAACACGGUUUGAAAGCCAGACUGACUGGAGGAGUAAGUCCGAUUGGAGGGCUUCAUAUGUUCUAGCCAAAAGAAAGAAAGAAAGAAAGAAAGAAAGAAAGAAAGAAAGAAAGAAAGAAAGAAAGAAAGAAAGAAAGAAAGAAAGAAAGAAAGAAGGGCAAAAGGCAGAGAAGGAGAAACGGCGGCAGCGAAUUAAGCCUGAAGAAAUCCGAGGACGCUGUUUAAUAUCGAUGGAUUAGUGGCUUGUUUUGUUUCAAGGAGCCGAGUUUUCCGAGCGCCUUCCGGCUGAUUAUUAAAUGACAAGUCGAGCGAGCCGCGUUGUCCCGGAGGAAGCGCUUGCUCUGUGCCUUUAAGAGAGUCUUGCGGGGGAAUUGGGUUUCUCAGUAGUCCUGCACGUGGCGGAAUAUAUUUUUGGUUUGGCGGGGGGGGGAUAGGGGUGGUGGUGGAAGAGAAAUUGCGUUCCGAUAUUUUUUUUUUCCUGGGUCAUGCUUUUGGCAUCUCUCUUUUUUCGCUCAUUUUCUUUCAAUGGUACAAAGCUGCUUCAGCUUUGGGAGCAGAAACGUCUGAUCCGCUCACGGAAAUGUUGUAAUCUGGAGGCACUCGCGAUUGCAACCCAUUGAAGAAAUCCGACCGGGGACGUUUGUUUAGCUUGGUUUUGAGGAAGAGGCGAAAGGCAGCAGCAGGGAAAGCAAUUAAAUUCACUUCGGGACACGUGGAUGCUAAAUCUAUUUCCCAGUCAUGGACAGGGACCGGAUUACAGCUUUGAAGAGAUCCUUUGAAGUUGAAGAAGUAGAUCAGCCUUCAAAUUCUUCUACUCCACAAAGGCGGGCACCCAAUCCUCUUGCAAGGUCCGCAGUAUCCAGUUCCACACAGAAAUUCCAAGAUCUUGGGGCCAGGAAUUCAGAGACUCCUUCCAGACAUGGGGAGUCUCCCAAGUCCUCUUUAAGGAGAGUUGAGAUUUCUGGGCCAAAACAUCCUGAACCAGUGUCCAGAAGAACAGAAAUCUCCAUUGACAUAUCAUCAAAGCAAGUGGAAAAUUCCACCUCAGGAGCAUCAAGAUUUGGCCUCAAGAGAACAGAUGUGUUGGGACACAAGCCUCUUGAGACUCCUCCCAGAAGGACUGAGAUCAGUAUAAGUAAGCCCCAGGACCAAGCUCUUCGCAGAAUGGAAGUCCCCUCAAAGAUCCCUGAACCAACCCAGCGCAGAGUUGAAGCCACUAGUCCGUCUUUGCCUGAUGUUGCUACCAAACGUGUGGAAAUCCAGGUAACAAAAUCUUCUGAGGCCCCGGUGCCACCAAUCAGGCAGACUGAAAAUGUGGAGCAUUUUUCAACCAAUCAGCAUCUGCCACCAGAACCAAAGAUACAGCCAGCAGUGACCGAACUACCACACAAAGGCCAAGAAGGUUCAGAGACCAUUCCCAAUUAUCCCAGCAGUGUGAUGGAUGCCACUCGAGAUGCUGGUCUCAAGCCAGUUGCACCAGCAAGGACAGAGAAGCCAGCUGCCGAUUUUGCCUAUGUUGGGAUUGAUGCCAUCCUCGAACAGAUGCGAAGGAAAGCCAUGAAACAAGGCUUUGAGUUCAACAUCAUGGUGGUUGGUCAGAGUGGCUUGGGAAAAUCAACUCUAAUCAAUACCCUUUUCAAAUCCAAGAUCAGUCGCAAAUCAGUGCAACCAAGUUCUGAAGAGCGUAUUCCCAAGACAAUUGAAAUCAAGUCCAUUACACACGAUAUUGAGGAAAAAGGUGUUCGUAUGAAACUGACUGUCAUUGACACUCCUGGAUUUGGGGACCACAUUAACAAUGAGAAUUGUUGGCAACCUAUUAUGAAGUUCAUCAAUGACCAAUAUGAAAAGUAUCUCCAGGAAGAGCUAAAUAUUAAUCGGAAGAAACAGAUCCCGGAUAGCAGAGUUCACUGCUGUAUAUAUUUCAUCCCUGCCACCGGCCACUCCCUCCGGCCGCUUGACAUUGAAUUCAUGAGACGCUUGAGCAAAGUAGUUAACAUUGUGCCUGUCAUCGCCAAAGCAGACACAUUAACCCUGGAGGAGAGGGACGCCUUCAAGCAAAGGAUUACAGCAGAUCUCCUUGCUAAUGGCAUAGAUGUGUAUCCCCAGAAACAGUUUGAUGAGGAUUCUGAAGACCGAUUAAUAAAUGAAAAAUUUAGAGAAAUGAUUCCAUUUGCUGUGGUGGGCAGUGACCAAGAAUACCAGAUUAAUGGAAGACGAAUUCUGGGAAGGAAAACAAAAUGGGGCACAAUCGAAGUUGAGAACACAACACACUGCGAGUUUGCUUACUUGAGAGAUCUCCUGAUCAGGACACACAUGCAGAACAUCAAAGACAUUACUAGCAGCAUCCAUUUUGAAGCCUACAGAGUUAAGCGUUUAAAUGAAAGCCAGAACGCACUCUCCAAUGGUGUGGUUGACAAGGAAGAACUGGUGGCCAAUGAAAUGUAAUGCUCUGUAGUUGCCCCUCCCCCUUCCCUGUUCCACCAUACUUUCUUUAAAACAUGAUCCUAUAAAUCCUUUGCUGGUGCCAUUGUCCUUUCCUCCUCUUUGCCAGUGGUAUCCAGGCUGCUGAUGUUAAUUGACCAAAUAACAGUGCUUUCCAUAACAAACAGCGUAUCUUGCUCUUUCCCAGUCUCUGUGAUGUGAAACAUCUGUCCUGUCCUUCCUUUUAGGAUAUAGUAAUGAAUUGUUAUAGGGACAGCAGCUUCAGGAUGAACUCAACAGGUGGGGCUUUUCUUGAGUUUUGAUAGAAUGGUGACCACUUUAAGCACAGGUUGUUGACCAGGACUGGUCCAUGUUCCUUCCUUGAAGCUAAGGAAGAGAUUCUCAAACAAUUAUAGUAAUUUGAGUUUCCUGAAAUUGAGAUGAGCAAUGAUUGAAAUUUUCUUUUAAUCGGGAAUCAAGAGGUCUUUUUCAUAGGUUCCUGUGCUAUUGUUUAAGCCAAGUAUCAUUGGCCCAAUUAUUUGAAAUGAUUGCUAGUAUUGUGCCAAUCUAGUAAAUAUGAAGCAUAGCUAUGUUAAUAAGAAAAGAGGGUGCUAUGCAUUUCUUACUGUCUCCAUGCAGCUUCUGUUCCCAAUUAAGCAAUGGUAUAUCAGAACAAUGUUGAAAGGGGCAAAAUCAGAUCUGGACAGGGCAACUUUCUAUAGCAAAUAGACCAGAUGAAUGCGCUACAGGAUCAUCUUCUUCACUAUGAGUAGAAGAUAAUUAAAGAAAAAUCUAUUCUUUUUCGGCUUCAAUGCCUCAGAUCCAUACAGAUUUUUUGCAAGCCACUUGGUUUAUCUAGUGCCAAAAUUUAUUGUUUUCUAAACCUUGGAAAGAACAGGGAGUUGUUUCUGUUUUAUUUCCAGUAUGGGUGGGUUUUGUUUUGUUUUGUUUUGUUUUUAUGUAUCUUAACUCCAUCCAUUUCAGAUUAAAUUUGUUAUAACUAGGUACAUUUUCAAAGACAUGGUAGAGUGGAUAGAAAAAUGUAUGAUGGUUGCAUGGCACAAUUCUACACAGCACUAUACAUUUCUUACUCCAGCAUGCCUGAUUUCUUCCCCCUUUCCCGUAAAAUGACAACAAUAGUAGAGAGAGCUAGUAGACUCAAUAAAAAGUGAUGAUCUACUAUGGUAUAAUAUGGCGACUCUAUUUUAAGAGUAAGCCACCUUUGGAAAUGUAGAUCAUCCUGACUUUAAAAGGGCUCCUUUUUCAUCCCCCCUCAUCCCAUCUCUGCCUUCAUCAGGCCUGAAACCCCAAAACCUGUUGACUUUCCAGAAGUGAAGGGGUUCAUCAUACAUUAGUUUUAGACUUCUGUUCAAGCACUUUUUGUGUAAGCUUUCCUAUGGUGGAAGUUCAUAUGCUUUGAAGACCCCAAUAAUUAAUGUUGUUGAGCUUAACUCCUUUUUUUCUCCUCUUCAAAAUACCGAAGACAUUCUUGAGAUCCGGAUAGGCUAAACUAUCUCAGUGUUCAGUUUCCGAGUGUAAUCUUUUUACUUACGCUUAAAGCAUCCCAGGUAUGCAUCCAAAGUCAUAUCAUCUGGGAUGUUCAUCUCAGUCUGAAAAGCCACCAUCUGCAAUAUUUUUUUUCCUGACUUGGCACCAUCCAGAUUUAUUGGGUUUCAGGCCCCAUGACUCCAAACCUUAACCAUUAAGUUGAAAGUUUAAGUCCAACCCAUUGCUCAUUACUAUGCAAACGUGGGCAAAAGGCUAUGUAAAAAUCUCUCACAUACUGUAUGCUGAAAGCUGUAUUACUGAGAAAGUUCAUGUAAUAUAGAAUUCAUUCACAUUCUCCAACCAGUCCUUAUGCAGUAGAGAGGGAUAUCUAUAUUCCUAAUGGGGGAAAUGUUUUCCUUUGAGGAAGCUGGCAGAGGCAAUUUCUCCAUAACAAUGAAUGUGGGGUGAGAACUGAAUGCUAAUCUGAUCCAGGCUUUAUGGUUAAUCCAGUAUUUAUGAUGAAUCAAGAAGUCCAUGGGUUAUAGCAUUAUAGUGUUUGAACAGAGACUCAAAAGGGCUAGCUCUGAAGGACCACAUACUGUUAAGACUCCCAAUUGCUCCUUUUUGAAACCAGAAAGCAAUACUGCCCUCUUGUGGAACAUUCUGAAAAGAACAGCUUAUGUAUUGAUUCUUGACUUCCUUCAACAUUAAGUGCUCUGAUUUCCUCUUGCUUAUUUGGGCACCCAUGUGGCCAUUCUUAACAGGCAGAAAUGCCUCAGGAUAAGACAUCAAAUACCAGCUGUAGGAUGCCAGCAGAUGAACAGAUCUUCAUGCAGGUCUUCUAAGCGUAUAAAGUUGUCUUCCACCCAGACCUCUUGUGAGGUAUUACUGCAUCCUUCCUGCCCAGAGGAGAAGUUUUUCCCCCCUGAAUCCAAACUGUCAGAAGAUGUGAUUCUUGUCUGUUUGUCAUUUCUGCCCAUGGUGAAUGUGUCUUCAAGUAACUCUUUGCUCUGAGGCUGUUACUCAUUUGGUAUUGCAAGUCAAUCUAAACUACUCUUUUUAAGUUUAAGUUGUCCCUCCCAAGCCAAAAGAGAAGAAAAAUGGAAAAACUUUACUGAGCUGUGUUAAGCUGAGGAAAAAAUAUUUUUUUUACUUGCUGACUUGCUAUAUUUUAGCAAAAUAAAAAUUGUGCAUUAUCUAAAAAUAUAUAUAAAUAUCUAUAUUUCAAGUGUUUAUGAAAUGGAUAACUAAGAAACGGAGAAAGUCUCCACACCCUUUUUCCAUGCAUUUCAGUAAACAAAAAUUAAAAGUAGCUGUAUCAUUAUACCAUGUUUGCCAGUAUUUUUCAGCCAGCAAAAGCAGGACUAAAACAGCUUUCUCCUUUUAUAUUGUAUGUUUGGAGGAGUGUUUACUGAGUAAAACCAAAAAAGUUCACCCAAAUAAUUAAAAAUGGCCUUUUUGAGAACAGUAUGCAUUAUGAUAAAUUUAGUCCUGUUUUGUAUAAUAAUAGUGUUUAAUAUGUAUUUCCAAAAAUAAAUGUUUCAAAUGGAA